CCGCCGCGCGCAGCGGUGCUGUGACGUCAUCGGACGGCGCGGUGACGUCAUCGGACGGCGCCCUCGUUGCUCCGGAGGCGAUGGCGGUGGCUCCGGGUCCCCGGGAGGAGAGCGCGGAGAGGCGGCGACUGCUGCGCGCGGUGACCCGGCUGCAGGCUGGGGUCCGGGGCUUCCUGCUGCGGCGGCGGCUGCGGGGCGUGCGGGCGGAGUACGAGGAGGUGGUGAGGGAGAUCGAGGGGGAGCUGAGCGAGCUGCGCUGGACGGGCCUCUGUCUGCCCAGACCCGUCUUCGUCUCCGAGCUCAGCUCCGCUCGGAGCUCCAACUGCACGAGAAACUGCGCGCUUCGUGUGCCGAGCUCCCGUCGGUCUGCCCCCCUCCCGCGGUGGCUGAGCGCUGCUCGUAGCGCGGCUUCCCGUCCUGAGAGAAAGGCCUGGGGCAAAGUUUGCGGUGGUUCAAAUCGCAGCGUCAGGUGUUGUGACAGAGCUGCUGGUAAUGCAGAUCUCUGGAAGCCAGUGAAAGAGAAGCGCUCACCUCUGCGAGAAGCUGUAUUGAGUGACAAGGACAGCACAGAGAAAACACAGCAGGACCUGGAUGUUCCCAAACCAGAAUGGGAUUGGGGCUCCAGCAAUAGCGUGAAACCUACAGCCCAGCUGCAAAGUGAGAAAGAACUGAGUUCUGUGGGUGAAUGCAGGGUAGCAAGCCCUGCAAAUCUAGGGGCAGUCACAGGUAAAAGCACUGAAAAAAGGUGCAGUGCCCCAUCGGAGAGCAAGGAGUGGCAGAACAGCAGCAGCAUUUCAUCUGUAUGGGACAGCACUGACCUGGAACCAGGCUCCCUCAAAGCCUGCCUGGAAAUUCCACUUGUGGAUGUAAAGGAGCUUCCCCGAACUCGGCCUGGCCUCCAGUCCUUCAGGAAUCACUUGAUCAUGGAGCUGCUGUGGUUGCAGCAAGCUAUUGACAGCCGUAAAAAUUACCUGAAGCUGAAACAGAGGCUGGAGUCUCCUGACAGCUAGGAAGGCAUUCCUGAGCACGUGGGAUGUUUUGUACUGCUGUGGGGGAGCAGAGGAGCUGCAGCACCAAAGUCACAACAUGAUUUCACAGCAGCACUCCAACUCUGUGAGCUGAUGUUCUCCUAACCAGAUUCAUGUGGCAAAAGACUUUUGUUUCUUUUAAAUGUGAAUAUUUGGUCAAAGCAGGAAUGCAGUGACACUAAGGAGGUUCUGUGUCUUGGAGGAAGUCCUCCCUCCCUGAGAACCUGUCCUAAGGGUAAAUUGAGGCUGGGAAAGUUGUCACAGAAGUUCCACUUUGACCAGCUCCUUGCUUCUGGUGGAAUUAAAAUGCCUGAAGGCCA